AUGGUGAGUCUAAUGAGCGUUCCUUGGGCAUCUGGUUCCAUACAUACUAAUCGCAACAACCCCAAAGCGCAGUCAAUGCUCUUUCGGUUUCGUGCCGCCCAAGCUGCCGACCUCGGAAUCCUAGAUAUCGGACGGACACGCCGCCCAAAAGCCAUUACCUCGAUUGACUCCAUCCCAGUUUGUGAAAAAUGGCGAGGCCAGGUCCUCAAAGAAAUAUCCCGAAAAGUCACACGCAUACAGGACCUUAGUUUAAGCGAUUUUCAAAUCAGAGACCUAAACGAUGAGAUCAACAAACUGAUGAGGGAAAAAUGGAUGUGGGAAGUUCAAAUACGAAAUUUGGGAGGACCAAAUUACACGCGCGGCGGCGGGAGAGUAUACGACGAGGACGGGAAAGAAAUUCCCGGCGGUGGGAAAGGGUACAGAUAUUUUGGCCGAGCGAGAGAACUGCCUGGUGUCAAGGAGAUGUUUGAAGCAGCGACAAAAAAGAGGAGUGCCUCCGAGGCAGAUGGUGCUGGCGGGCGCAAAAUGGACAUUGAAAUGUUCAAAAAGCACGUCGAUGCGGCGUAUUUUGGCUACGGCCUAGAUGAGGAAGAUGGAACAUUACUAGCAUACGAAAAGAAGAAGGAGAAAGAGGCAUUUGAGGCUGUGUUAAAGAAGGGUGACGAUAAACCCAUUGACGGGUGGGAGCCGUUGCCGGGUGACGCUGGGGAUGGCGUCGAAUGGCAGUUACCUACUCUAGAAGAUGUUCAGGAAGAGUUAGUUGAGAGACGAAGGAGAAAGCUACUGGACAAGAUCGGCUAG